AUGGCGGCGGUGAUUAAAGAAGAGAAUCGGAUAUCAAAUAUAGGUGAAUCCGAUGGAGAUUCGGUUCUCGUUGAAGGAAGCGGCUGUUCCCGUGCUGCGAUUCUCAAUCGGCCACCUGCUCUUAACCCGCGGGGGAGUGGAAGGGCGUUUUGUGCUGGUGGCGAUAUUGUGUCUAUCUACCACUUAAGAAAGAGAGGUAGCCCGGAUGCUAUCUUCUGGACUUUGUGUACGAAAGUACAAACAUCACUUCACAGGUUGAUGAAGAGUACAUGGAAAGAUUUAUGUGGUGAUGAGUUGGCUGCUGGAAAUGGAGACUCCAAUUACCAACGAAUAUUUGCAAAACCUGAGAAACAGUCAUUUGAUGCAACUCAACAACAAGGGAUCUCAGAGGUUCCUCUUGGAUUUGGGCUCUUCACGGUUCAUCACCGUGUUGGACAUCCUGAGAAUUUCGAGACUCCUGGGAUUGAAGUCAUUACUGGUCCUCUUGGGCAAGGAAUCGCCAAUGCUGUUGGUUUACCUCUUGCUGAGAAGCAUUUAGCUGCUAGGUUCAACAAACCUGAUGCUGAAGUUGUCGACCACUACACGUAA